UUGAUACCACACAGUCCUAAUGAGUCUAUUAAAGCUAAAUUAGAUUAUUAUAAUAAUUAUAUAAACUGUACAGCUAAAUUUAGUGAUUAAUAUGCUUAGCUUGGUGAAUGAUAAGCAUAGAACACCUUCCUUGCAUGGUGAAGAGAGACCGGAGUCACCAGAGAUCGAUGUAGAUUCACCAGAAGAUCUAGACUCACCACAUCCUCAACUUUCACCGAAAGAUAUUAAAGAAGAAGAGGAAGAAGAAGAAGAAGAUGAGAAACCAAAUAUGUUUUCACCCGCCCCGUCAUUGUUCGCCCCCCUCGCCCUUCAUCUACAGCGCCCUUCCCUUUCCCUUCCCAUCUUCCAACCCUUCCUUCCCCUCGCCCCUGCCCUGCUCAGGAGAAAUCUUCCAUUUUCCAUAGAUGCCAUUUUAAGACCGGAGUUUGGACAGAGACUCUCCCCGCCCACCUCUGUAUCUCCGCCCACUACAUCUCUAGGGGUGUCUCCAGGUCGGAGCCCGCCCUCCCCUGCUUCCCCGCCCAUUUCAAGGUCAAGGUCACCGGGGGAGGUGACCUCAAAUAAACCCACACAGGAUGCAGACUGUCCCCCAGGUAUGGUUCGCGGGCCUAACGGUCAGCUGUGGCCAGCCUGGGUUUUCUGUACAAGAUAUUCAGACAGACCUUCUAGUGGUCCCCGACUUCGGAAAGUGAAGAAAGCGAGAUCAGCGAGUGGGUCAGAGCGCUCCGUGUCUCCUGUUAGAGCCGGUAGUAUUGGAGACGACAAGCGACCAAGAACUGCUUUCUCGUCGGAGCAAUUGAGCCGACUAAAACACGAGUUCGACACGAGUAGAUAUCUUACAGAGGAGAGAAGGAGGUCUUUAUCCAAGGACCUGGGCUUGAAUGAAAACCAGAUAAAAAUUUGGUUUCAAAAUAAGCGCGCCAAACUUAAGAAAAGUACGGGGCAUAAGGGAGAGCUUGCGCAAAUGCUCUCCGCACAAGGACUUUAUAAUCACAGUACGAUGUCAUUGGAUGAAGAUGAUCCAGACCUGUUUGGUAUGUGAAAAACAUGAAAAAAUACCACUUAUAGAUCUUGCCAAAAAUUAUGUGAAUCUUAAUGUUUAAUGUUCAAACAAAUAUUUAUUUAUUUAUUGUAACUAUUAAAUACAUGUUUAAAAGUUUGUUUAGCUCACAUAGAAGCAACUUAAAAAUAAUGCUAUUUUCUCAUAAUUUAGUUUGGAAAAAAUGGCUGUUCUCUUUUUUUUAAAUUUUCUAAUUAUGAAGUUCUUAAAAUUCUGUUCAUUGUAUUUUCGUUUCAGAAGAAUGUUAAUGAAAAAAUAACAAAUUGUACAAAUUAUUCUGGGAAAUAAUUUCCAACAUGUUCUAAUCGAAUCUGUUGUUCUAGUCAGAACUAUUUAUAAAUAAUU